GCGCUUCUCUCGCAGAGCCACCAAUAUACUGUACAUGCGUGCGAAUUACAGUUCUCUUCGUCCCACUGGAUCUGGUGUUGUCCCAUGGUACCGCUGAAGUAGUCCUCCGUAGCGCCGGUCUCGGCCAAAUAUGGCGGAGUACAAAGCGCCGAAUGGAAAAUAUAUUCUCAAGUUCGACGUCAAGUCGCUCGCUGCCCGCAUGUCGAAAUCGUGUCAAAAGUCCCAGUUGUGAACGAGAUAAACGCUACGUUACCCUGCGCAUCCCUCUAAGACUGUCAGCGCGACUAGGUCUUUUUAAAGAACGUCAGCGCUUUCAAAAUGCUGGACGCCUUCGAAAUCCUGACCACCUCCGGCGUGGUGCUGUGGUCCAGAUCAAGUUCAAAAGUUGGGGCGACCGCAGUCAACUCUCUGAUCAACGACGUCUUUAUUGAGGAGAAAGUUCGACUCUCAUCAACGACUUCCGGACAUCCUGCAUACAAGCACGACAAAUACACAUUGAAAUAUGCUCUCGUCAAGGACCUGGGCCUCAUGUUUGUGGCCGUGUACCAAUCUCUCCUGCAUCUCACGUGGGUCGACAAGCUACUCGACGACGUCCGAACCAUAUUCGUGGAGGUAUAUCGGGGCCAGUUGGAGGAACUAGACUAUGCGGUAUUGAAAUAUCCCUUUGACAAAUAUUUCGAUGAAGAGCUGCGUCGACUGGACCAAAGCACGGGCGGAGCGGUCAGCACCGAAGCCCCUCGUGUGGAAGUGCAGGAGGAAAAGAAGACUAGUGCAGAAGAGGCGGACACUGGAGGUCCCCCACCGCCGGAAAUGCCUCAGCUUCUCCAGGCACAGCCGCGAGCUGUGCCGGUGGUCGGUGCGGAUUCCCGACAGGAGAGUCCUGCUCAGUCGCCCGACCCAUCCCGCCCGACCACGCCUCUGCCAGGACACCUACUAGCAGAAAAGGCAAGACCGGCAAGUCGUGGAUCGCGCAGGGCAAGAAAGUCGGCGCAUGCCGCAGCUACAAACGCUCCUGCUUCUGGAGAUGAGACUUCGAGAACCAGGACACCGCAAAAAGCCGCCAAAAAGGGACGAGUAUGGGGUCCGGACGGAAUGGCCGAUGAGGCGGACGGCACAAACCUUGACUAUUCCGCCAUGGACUCUGACGCGACCGGCGAUGUUGGUCUCAGAUCUCCACCGCCAGAGGCAAUUAGCCAAGAAAGCUGGGGCACGAAAAACAAGCAGGGGCAAUUUGUCCUAAAGGACCUGGGAGAUGAAGUCACGAAUAUUCUAAAGUCGGCAGACUCGAGCAAGGCCGAGACGGCCAACGGAAGUGGUGCCACGACCAAGCUUGGAGCGAUCUCGGGGUAUUUCAGAAACAUUGUCGGUGGGAAAACGCUGACCAAACAAGACUUGGAGAAGCCGCUGAAGUCGAUGGAGGAGCACCUCAUCAACAAGAAUGUGGCCCGUGACGCCGCAGUUCGGAUAUGUCAAGUGGUCGAAGAGGAAAUGGUUGGGAAACGGACAGGAGCCUUCGAGUCGAUUGACACGGCCUUGCGGCCGGCCCUGGAGACGGCAUUAAAGCGGAUAUUGACCCCCAAGUCGUCCUUGGACCUUCUUCAGCAGAUCGAAACCAUUACAAAGCCCUCGGGAGUCAAAGCCAAACCGCGCCCUUUUGUCAUCACCAUUCUCGGAGUCAAUGGUGUCGGCAAGUCGACCAACCUUUCCAAACUCUGCUAUUUUUUGCUGCAGAACAACUAUCGCGUCCUCAUUGCGGCGGGCGAUACAUUUAGGUCAGGCGCGGUGGAACAGUUGAACGUCCAUGUGCGCAAUCUGAAGGAGCUGACGGCUCGGGAGAACCUGGGUGCUGUUGAUAUUUACGAACGUGGGUACGGGAAAGAUGCAGCCAACGUGGCCAAAGAUGCCGUUGCGUUCGCCUCGGCCAAUGAUUACCAGGUCGUGCUGAUCGACACCGCGGGGAGAGCGCACACCAACACGCAACUCAUGGCGUCACUGGAGAAACUGGUCGACCUCGCGAAACCGGACCUGAUUUUGCAAGUGGCAGAGGCCUUGGUCGGCAAUGAUUCGGUGGGGCAGGCGCAGAACUUCACAAAAGCAUUGGGAAAGAACCGCAAACUCGACGGCUUCAUCGUGUCCAAGAUAGAUACCGUGGGUUCGGGUAUUGGGACCAUGAUCAGUUUGGUCCAUGCCACUUCUGUGCCCGUGCAGUUUAUUGGCGUGGGUCAGCACUAUGGAGAUCUUAGACAGUUAUCGGUGCCAUGGGCUGUGAACAUGUUGAUGAGUUAGGGCUACGAACAAGUUGACGAGUUAGUAAGGACUGUUUAGUUUGAGACGAUUCGGAUAUCGUGUUGGUUGGUCAUUUCCCGAAGUGGGCUGGUAGGCAUGCCGCAUGUCUCAAGAAUGACCUGGCGAAGCCUCGUCUGUCUCUUGUUUGAGUGAAAUGCCGGCCAGCCGGCUCUAAGGCUCCUAAACGAGACGAACCAAAAAAGACGAUGUCUAAAGAGACGAUGUCUAAAGAGGAAAAUAGGUCUUCAACUACAAGUACACUACGAGAUCACUUUUCUAAAACACACACUCGCCACCCCCUGGCCUUUCUGGCCUCCAAACUCAAAGACGGGAUACUUGAUGGUAUCGUAGACUUCGAACCGUCCUUUGCUGUCGUC